UCAUGUGACCCAGGGUCCCUCCUCAGCAGAAACCUCUUGAUGUUGUCGUAGUUGUGAAAACAGCUGCUCCCGUCGAGUCGCUCCGUGCUGCAGCUCAACACUGAUGUCGAUGGAGAACGUGAAACAUUUCCUGGUCGUCCUGUCCGCCGCCGCCGCCGCCGGGACUGUCUCCAUAAUAUUCGUGCUGCGAUGGGUUCUGCACUUUAGAGAAGGUUUAGCUUGGGAUGGCGGAGCGGCUGAAUUCAACUGGCAUCCGGUCUUGAUAGUGAUCGGGUUUGUUUUCUUGCAAGGAACAGCCAUCAUUGUCUACAGACUCCCCUGGACCUGGCGGUGCAGCAAACUGAUGAUGAAGUUCAUCCAUGCAGGCUUGCACUUACUAGCCUUCAUUCUUGCUGUCAUAUCCAUGGUGGCCGUUUUUGACUUUCACAAUGCUGCCAAAAUCCCCAACAUGUACAGUCUGCACAGCUGGCUGGGCCUGAUAGCUGUCAUACUGUACUGUCUACAGCUUGUUCUUGGAGUUGGCAUGUACUUGAUACCAUUUACACCUGCGUCCUGGAGAGCAGCGUUUAUGCCCCUGCAUGUCUACGGAGGUCUUUUACUCUUUGCCAGUGUAAUAGCUGUGGCACUCAUGGGCAUCACAGAGAAACUCAUUUUUGGCCUGAGCAACCCGAAGUACAAGGACUCUCCCCCGGAGGCAAUUUUCGUGAACGUUCUGGGACUCCUCCUUGUGCUUUUUGGAGCUCUAAUCCUCUGGAUUGCCACUCGAACGUCUUGGAAACGUCCCAGUGAGCAGAUUUUGCAUACUCUGCAUACCGAUGGGGGAGGUGAGGACAGUAGCAAAAUCGGUCCCUCCUUGUCUCAGCUAUCUGAUGGAACUGAUGAUGAGACCUCUGGGGAUGUCAGGAGGAGGAGUAACAAAUUAGAGGAUCAGGUUAACUGAUAAAAAAUAAUAACUGACUGUGGAUUCUGUCCCUAGUGUUGAAUGUAUUUACACCCAGUUUACACACUUGUCAGAGAAAGUCAAAAUUAAGAAAUCUACACUUUCUAUCUCUAGUAUUUCAUUUUGUUGUUGUUUUCUGUAACAUUUAUUGUUGUAAGCACAUGUAAAUAAUGGUGAGCUUUAUAGCAAGAUUCAGAUGAUGUGGGAAUACACUGUACACAUAAUCAUGCUUUUCUAUAAGUACUUUGUAUCAUGAUAUCUAGGUUUUUGAAAUAUGUUAAACCCACUUACAUUUUACAAUAAAUAUCUUUCGUAGUUACCACAUUAA